AUCAUCGUCCGUGUAGUUCCCGGUAACGGUCCGUGAGGUGCGGUGCAUGUUAGGAGUCUCACUGCCUAUAUGCGGGGAGGCUGGGAGUUGUUGUUCUACAGCAGCUGUGCGACUCUGUCCUGUCAUCCGGGCCAUCCCCCUGUCACGUGACUCGUCUUCCCAUCCUGGAGGCUUCAUUGCAGGUGUACGGGAUCGGAUUGGUUGCUAUGGAUCGUUCUCUCUGAUGAGUGAAGAUCUGGCGCUCCGCUCCUGGACCGGCUCCUAUUACCUGAGCAGCGAGAAGCGAUGGCGUCCGGGGAGGCUGUCACUGACCGCCACUCACCUGCGCUUCCAGGCGGAAGGCGCCGACGACUUCCUGGUCCGCUUCCCGCUCUCCGGCAUCAGUGAAAUCAAGAAGGAGUCGUCCAGUUACAUCUUCAGCUCCAUCACUGUACUGGAGGGGGGCGGAGCCAAGCACUGGUUCGGCUCGCUGAUCCCCAGCCGGAACGCCGUCUUCCCGGUGCUGGAGCACUUCUGGAGGGAGCGGCUGCUGUCACCGCGGGGGGACGGGACCUCCAAGGGGAAGGAGCUGCUCAGCAUCAUGUCCGGCUCCCAGAGAUGCAUGGAGGGCACCACCCGGGUACUGCACCACCAGGGGGAGCAGCUGGACGGCAUCAUGAGCGGACUGGGCAAGAUCGAGGGCGACAUGGCGACCGCAGACAGGAUGUUGUCGGUUCUGGAGUCUCCUUCUUGGUGGCCGUUCAGUGGGAGUCCAUGGAAGAGAUCAGCGUCUAAAGAGCCAGAGGCCGCCGCCCAGAGCCGCGGGAAAGACGGGGUCAUCACUACCAUCCCCAUCAUCUUCUGCCGUCACCCCGAGGUCAGCCUCAGGCCGGGUCGCCUCACCCUCCUGCUGUCCGCUCUGGAGAUCUGUGACUGUGACCACCGCCCCCUGCACCGCUACCAGCGCCAGGACGUGGACGACAUCAGAGUGGUGAGCGGGCACGAGAUGAGCGUCCGGCAGAGAUUCCUGGGGCGGCCGGACGUCACCUACACCGUCAUAUCCGCCAGGUUACCGCUCGUCCUGCCCCUGCUGGAGAUGCAGUACAAGAAGAAGGUGGAGUUCACCCCGGAAGCCGCCAUCUUCAGCGACCAGUGCCGCCCGUCUCCCAGCGAGAAGAGUCCAGGAUGGCAAACCGAUUCCUGGUUUCUGGAGACCAUUGUGAGAUCGGGGCCCCGCGGGGGAAGAGAGGAGGCGGCCAUGGCCGAGGAGCAGGAGGUGACCGCCUCCGAAGUGCAGGAGCUCAGAAAGAUCCUCACCAAGCUGAAGAGCAUCGCACUGGAGGCGGAGGACGAGCUGGAGCGGCAGGACGAGGCGCUGGACGAGAUCACGAGCUCCACAGACAGAGCGAUCCUGAAGAUCAACAAACAGACGCGCAGGAUGCGGAACCUAAUCUGAACAUCCCUGCAACAUGGCCGCCGGUGACCACUGUGGUAGCUCCGCCUUCUCUGCGGGCAGGAAGGAAACGGCUGCAAACAGAAAAAUCUGAGAGAGGAAAAUCCAGAAAAUCGGAACUUUAUUUAUUGUUCUUAUUAAUGAAAUGUGUUAUCAGGAACAGAAAUAAAAUCGCCCCAAAAUACGAGCUCCGCCCACUGCACCCACUGAUGCAUUCCUAUCCGCUACGCCGGGACUGUGGAGUCAUUAAGGCGAACCUGUCAUAUUGAACUUGGUGUCCUCUCUGCGAGCAGAUUAAUUUCCAUCCCUGCUUGUUCUAUACCUAGGAGUCCAGUGGGCGGUACUAUCUGCGAGCCGCACUGAGCA